UCCGUCCCUCCGUCCCUCCAUCCCUCCAUCCCUCCGUCCCUCCGUCCCUCCGUCCCUCCGUCAGCCAGAGGAUCUGAUGAGAGGUCGGCACAGAGCGCAGAGCGGACAGCACCUGUCAUGGCCAGUGCGGACAGUGUAGGCAGUCUGGCUGCGGAGCAGAACCACCUGAGUGUCACUGAUCAUGGAGCCUGGGCCACAGCCAUGAACAACCUGGGCAUCAUGCCUGUGGGCAUCAGUGGACAACCGCUGGUGUCAGACUCAGGGUCGUUCAGAGCCGGAGACGUGAACCUGGCUCUGGGCUUUUGGCUCCGAGAGGAAAAGCCGCCUGAUGUGAUUAUGACGAAUGUGCAACACAAAGACGACUCUCUGUGUAUCCAGAGGUUCGAUCCCGGCCUCGGCCUCAUCGCUCCCAUAAACCCCAUGAUGGCGGGCAUCAGCCUGGUCCCGCCCCCACCCGCACCCCCGGACACGCCCGUCAUCAAAGAGAUUAUUCACUGCAAGAGCUGCACGCUGUUCCCUCAGAACCCCAACCUGCCCCCUCCAUCGAUGCGGGAGCGCCCCCCGGGCUGCAGGACGGUGUUUGUCGGAGGUUUGCCGGAGAACUCCUCAGAGGAGAUCAUCAGGGAGGUGUUCGAGCCGUGUGGAGAGAUCACCGCGCUCCGCAAGAGCAAGAAGAACUUCUGCCACAUCCGCUUCAACGAGGAGUUCAUGGUGGACAAGGCUAUUUACCUGUCAGGGUAUCGGAUGCGUAUCGGAUCCAGCACCGACAAAAAGGACUCCGGGAGGAUCCAUGUGGACUUCGCUCAGGCCAGAGACGAUCUGUAUGAAUGGGAGUGUAACCAGCGGCUGCUGGCCCGAGAGGAAAGACACCGCCGCAAGGUCCACGAGGACCGCCUGCGCCCGCCGUCCCCUCCUCCCGUAGUGCACUACUCUGAGCACGAGGCGGCCAUGUUGGCAGAGAGACUGAAAGACGACCAUAACUUCAGCGAGGCCACGGCGGUGCUGUUCACGUGGAUCGACCGCGGCGAAGUCAACCGCAGAACCUCCAAUCACUUCUACUCCAUGGUCCAGUCGGCCAACGGCCACGUGCGGCGGCUGAUGAGCGAGAAAGCUCAGCACGAGGAGGAGAUGGAAGUCGCCAAAGAGGCCUUCAAGAACGCCCUGCUCGCCAUCUUGACUCAGUUCGAGAAGAUCACCGCCGUUUUCACCGCCGCCACCAGGCAAAAGGCGUGGGACCAUUUCUCAAAAGCUCAGCGCAAGAACAUAGACAUUUGGCGAAAGCAGUGUGAGGAGCUGAGAAACGCUCACAGUGAAGAGAUCAUGGGAAUCAGACGAGAGGAGGAGAUGGAGAUGUCCGACGACGACCUGGACGAGAAUCCCUGUAAGAGGCUCCGCACUCAGGAGAACGGAGUGUAUGAGCAGGCGUCUCUGAGGGAGGAGAACGACUCCCUGCGUUGGCAGCUCGACUCCUACAGGAACGAGGUGGAUCUUCUGAGGAAGGAACAGAGCAGAGCUGGUCGCCCUGACGACGACCACACGCAGACACACACACACAGUCCAGACGCUCAGAUCCAGCAGCUGCAGCAGAGGAUGCUCAACAUGCAGCAGCAACUCCUCAGUCUGCAGGAGAAGCUGACGAGUAAAGAAGCCGAACUGGAGCAGGCGAGAGACGAGCAUCGUUACCUGGAGGGGGAGGUGCUCCUGCUCCGAGACAAGUUACUGAACAGUCCUGUGGAGGCGCUGGAGGGAGCCAAUGGGGAGCCACAUGAAAAGGGGAUGAACGGUUGUGUUCCGUCACUGUUCCACAGCAGAGACAGGAGGAGUGAUGUCAUCAUGAGGGGAGGAGUCACUUCAGAGAAAGAGGCUCUGCUUCUGGGCAUCAUUUCCACUUUCCUCCACGUUCAUCCGUUUGGGGCGAACCUGGAAUAUCUGGUGUCGUACAUCCAGAGACUCGACUCCAAGGUGUCGGCCGGCGAGCUGGAGCGCCUCAUGGUCCGUCUGCCCGCCAUGUUCAGGCAGGAGCUGAGUGGCGUCGGUGCCACUCUGGAGAAACGAUGGAAGUUCUGCGGCUUCGACAGCCUCGGUUCAGUGUGACGCAGGCGGAACGUGCACACGCCAGGAAAACACGUUAAGAGACACAUGUGACGCCAUGACCCUUUAAUCCGUGUGCGUGCCACACACAGCUGAGCGUCGGCGUCAUCAUGUGAACCAAGAGACAAAGUUUGGUCGACGUCAGACGGAGGUGAAACUUUUAUCAGAUUGAACUCAUCAUGUGACCUGGAAACGUCUCUGACCUGAAUCAGGCUCCGACUUUUCUCUUCUUCAUGUUGAAUCAACACAAACAGAGAAAAGAAGAAACUUCAACCAAAGCUGAUCCUUUGUGUGUUUACACCAUGAAACCAGUUUCAAACCAGUUUCAUUCAUCCACACAACAGGAGCGUAUAUUUCUGAGGCUCCGCCCACACAGACACGCUUUCAUUUUAAAACUGUUGUUAGGGAAAUCGCUCCAGCCAGUAAUAAUGUCCGUGGGUCAUGUGACCUGUUUCCAGGUCGUUAGAUAGUUUACGAGACAUCUGUCCGUCCUCUGCUUUAAAAACCUUUUUGAUAACUUUUGGAUGAAGACCAAACGGACCAAAUGGAGCAGUACCAGAGGAAAUCACUGGGGGGCAGUGUAGCCAAUAGUUCAGAUGAUCAUAGAACAUAGAGAAGAAAUUUCAAUAAUGAAGACAAAUCUGGCGAAACAAAUAAUGGAAUGUUCCAGCGGACGAGUGCUGGAAUUCAUGUUUGUCCUAAAUUCUCUCAUUGUUCUUAUCGCAAUGAGGUUAUUUCUGUUUCGGAGCAGAAUCACAGAUUUAAAAUGAAAACGUGUCCGAGUGGACGAAUGUUCUCUGGCGUUGUUUCAACGUCCACUGGAAACAUCGGAGGAACAGAGUGACGUUCUGAGGUCUGAGGGGAGGAGCCUCUCUGAAGUCCUGCAUGGACACAAAUUGGUGGAUGAAGAAGGAAACUGAGGCUGGAAGAGAAAAUGUAUUUAUAUCAUGAAACUGUCUGACGAAGACUCACUGUGUCUAAAUGAAGAUAAUUAAAGGACCUUACUCUGGAAAGGAAAAACUUCAGAGUUAAAAGAUGAGCAAACGUGUUUUUUGAACGGUCUGAAGUCUCAGAUCAGGACGAGAGAAGACGAAGAGAUGAAGCUGAGGAGGAGGAGGAGCUGCCAGCUUUACAUUACUGAACAUCACAGUCAAAUAAGAAAAGAUCAAAGUGAUGUUGUUUUGUAUCAAAUGAGGUUUUUCUUAUUUAAAUAAAGAUGCUGAAAAUAAAA